GGAAAACGUGACAAAUUUUUAUUCUUAUUUUAGAAUUUUUUUAAAAACUCCUUCUUGUGCUUUAAUAUUUUCAAUAAUACACUUCACUUAAAAUCUAAGUUCUCAUCUACAUGUCUAUAAAAGAAUUACCGAAAAAACUCAAACAUGGAUCUAGUACAAUAUAAGCAUCGAUAUAUACAAUUGUGGCAUGUGAUUGAAAGUGUAUUAACCAUGACCAGGAGAUUAUGAUUGCAUGUUGCAGUACAUUGCACUGUUUGGUCCCCAUAUCAUUAAUUUAUUAUUUACGAUCACACGCACACCCAUCAAUCGUUUUCUUUAAUUUGAGAACAUAUCUCUCUUUAAAAACUACAGAAAUAUCACUCUAAACAUAUCUCUAAGCUAAGAGACGAAGUCGUGAGAGGAAAAAAAUUAAAGAGAGAAUUUCGAUAGCUUUAUAAUGGUGAACUUGGUGGUUGCACUAAGAUCCUCGAUGUGCAUGAUCGUAAAAUCAGCCGGCAUUGUUCCCUACACCGUAGAAACCGAACCAGGAACCAAUAUUCAUUUCUGGUUACCAAAGAAAACCACCGAUAAACCGGCCGUGUUACUCAUUCAUGGUUUUGCCGGCGAUGGAGUGAUGACUUGGGCGUUACAGGUUCGUUCUUUAUCAAAGAGAUACUCUGUUUAUAUACCGGACUUGCUCUUCUUCGGUAAGUCGUACACCGAUAAACCGGACCGGUCACCGGAGUUUCAAGCCGAGUGUUUGGUUAAGGCUAUGCGUAUCCUUGGUGUGAAAACGUUUGUCCCAGUCGGGUUUAGCUACGGUGGCGUUGUGGCGUUCAAGAUUGCGGAGUUGCAUGGGGACAUGGUUAAGGCUUUAGUGGUGUCGGGUUCGCCUCCGGUUAUGACUGACUCGAAUGUAAACCGGUUUGGGUUUAGCUCAAUCUCGGAUGUCUUGUUACCCAAAACGGUUAAUGGACUUAAGUUUCUUCUCUCCGUCGCUAUGCAUAAACGCAUUUGGCUCCCAAGUUGGCCACUAAAAGAUUACCUUAAGACAAUGUUUACUAAUAGGAAAGAAAGGGCUGAACUCUUAGAAGCUCUAGUCCUCAGCGAUGGCAAUACAUUCGCAAGUUUUCCUCAGAAAAUACAUCUUUUAUGGGGUGAAAAUGAUCAAUUCUUCAGUCAUGAAUUUGCUAAAGAUCUGCGAAUAAAAUUGGGAGAGAUGACAAGCAUGGAAAUUAUAAAGAAUGGAGGUCACUUGGUGCAACUGGAGAGACCAUUCGUCUACAAUAAACUUCUCAAUAAAUUUCUUGCUUCUGUAGAAAAUCUUUAAAAUAAGAAUCCAAAUUGUUUCACCACAAUAUUUUUAUUAAAGAAUUUAAUUUGUGAUU